AUGUCGAAGCCGGUAUCAUAUCGAGUAAAGCAGCUAAUACCUCCCAAACAUGUCAAGUUGAUCCGUCAAGGUAAAUAUCGGUUGGAGGUUGAUAAUCACCCCAAAAUGGAAUUCAUAAACAAAAGGGGAUAUUUGGAUGCUCAGUUCGAUAGUGGAACUGCAUUCAUACUGGCCAAAGUUUCUGGUCCGAAAGGAAAGAGGAAGAUUGGUAUUCUUAAAAAUCGUCUCAGAUUUGAGCGAGGGCCGCCUCCCAUUUACGGUCAUCGACUUAUAGUCGACGUCCAGCCCAAGCCGCCUGGGGAUGACUCCGACGGAUCUGACUCUGACACAGAGACGGACUCUAAUCCAGAUGGUAUCGGCUCUGGCUCUGGCGGGGUGGGUCCUAGCUCCGAUGGGAACGAGUCUGGCUCCGAGGUUGGUGAAGGAACUACUGGCCCCGGCGCCGGUGAGACUGACUCCAAAUCUGAAGGGACAGGUACUCCCCCCGGCGUUGAAGAAGAAACUAACCCUGACGGGAUGGGGUCUAACUCUGAUGGGAAUGAGUCUGGCUCCGAAGUUGAUGGGGGAGCCGCUAACCCCGGCCCCGGUGGGGCUGGCGGGACAGGCACCCCCCCUGGCGGAAAUAACUCUAGCCCUGGUGUUGAUGAAGAAGUUAAUCCCGGCGGGGCGGGUUCCAACUCUGGCGAAGGGAGCGUCAGUCCUGGCUCCGGCUCUGAUACGGCUGGUACUGAUCCUAAUGAGGAUAAUUCUGGUCCCAGUGAGGGUAAUUCUAGUGGGGACGAGUCUGAUAUAGGGACUAUAUCAGCGCCAACGCCAAUACCAGUACCAGAAACUGUAUCACCAAUAGGCAGACGCAAUACAUCCAAUGCCCACGGCAAUUUUAGCAUCAAAAGCGACAGCACCUUCAGCAGCAGCAGCGGCACCAACAACAGCACCCGCACCAAUGAGUACAACCACUUCAACGGGAUUGAGAGUAAUCGCAAUUGUGGCCAGAAAUUUUCACUUGGUACGUUAGUCUGGAACUCGCCUGAUCAUGGAUACGAAGGUGUUCAGCCUCAUUGUCGUCCUUACCAUGUCAGGGGCUAUCCGCCUAAGGAUUUAUAUCUUGAUGGCCAUGGCAACAUUAUAUUCAAUAAACCUCGGCCAAGUCCUCCUAAGAUUGAUAGUGAAGGAAGGAUUCCUAUUCCUGAUUAUUAG